AUGAGAAUCAAAAAAACUAUAGGACCAACCAAUUGGGAAGAAACUACAUCCUACUCUGGAAAAAAUCUCUGGAUUGGAAUCUGUUUCUUUCUGCUGGAGCUGUUUGAGAGGUUCACUUUCUUUGGAGUUGUCUGCAAUAUGAUUCCCUUUUGUACCAUCCAGCUGGGCCAUCAAAAUUCUCAGGCAGCUAUCUUGAACUUAUGUUUCAUUGGGAUUUCCACUCUCACCCCUUUGCUUGUGGGAUGGUUUGUUGAUGUCUGUGGAGAACGUAACAAAUUGGUCUAUAUUUGCUUAUUUCUGCAUUUUCUAGGUUCAGCCCUAUUAUCCAUCAUUGCUUUUCCCCUGGGAGACUUCUCUAUAAGUUCUUACCAUAUAAGCAACAUCCCAACUCAGGAGCAGACAAGGCUGUUCUAUGGAGCACUGUUGGCCAUCAGCUUUGGCAUAGGUGGAAUAAGAUUCCUCUAUCCACUGGGUACUUACAGCCUUCAGGAAUGUGAACCCCAGAGACCACACGCUUUUUGUAACUGGUCUUCUUGGAUCAUGAAUCUAAAUGCUGUUGCAGUCUUUCUGGGAAUAUCUUUUAUCCAGUACUCAGGAGCCUGGACAUUGGUUUUACUUUUUCCAUUCAUUUCUACACUUCUGAUUCUGAUAACCCUUCAGAUGGUACACAAUAAUCUCAUUUAUCAGUCAGAAAAAUGUUGUUCCCUCAUAGAAAUAUUUGGGGUGAUUUUUCAUGCCAUGAAGACAUGCUGUCUACAAUCCUCAUGCCUUGGCCAAUACAGGACAAGCUGGCUUGACCAGGCCAAGGAGGACAAUGACAACUGUUGUAGGAACCUCUAUGUGGAAGACACAAAGUCUUUUCUCAUCCUUCUCCUGCUUUUCAUCUUGCAGCUCCUUUGCAGAAUGUGUGUUGUGCAGAUUCCUUCAGGAUAUUAUCUGCAGACCAUGCAUUCCAACCUGAAUUUGGAUGGAUUUCUCCUGCCAGUUGCAGUGAUGAACAUCAUCAGCAUCCUACCUCUGUUAAUUCUGGCUCCACUGAUGGAGUAUUGCAGCAACUGCCUGCCUCCCUCUACACAAGACGGAUGGCUUCUGUCAGCAUGCAUUAUUGCUGGGAACCUGUGUGCUGUUUUGUCUGUGAUGGUAGCCGGCUUCCUAGAAAUCUACAGGAAGCAUUUCCCUUCUAUGGAACAACCUCGAUCAGGCAAAUUACUCAGUGUCUCCUCCAUGCCAUGUGUGUACCUGGUCCUUCCGUACUUGCUACUAGGAAUGGCUGAGAUGAUGGUCAGCCCAGCCUUCUCUGUCAUUCACAGAUUUGUUCCAAGGAACAUCAGAGGAAGCUCUAAGAAUCUGCUAACUCUAUUCAAUGGAUUUGGCUGUUUCACAGGGGCACUGAUGGUGCAGUUGGUCUCUCUCUUCUCAGAAGGCAAUUGGUUUCCAAACACAUUAAACAAAGGCAAUUUAGAAAGCUUCUUCUUCUUCUUGGCAUCAUUAACGUUGUUGAACGUCCUGGGAUUCUGGAGUGUUUCACAAAGAUAUCGUAAUCUAAAUCAUUUUAGUGCUCAGAAUAUCCAUGGACAUAAUCUUGAAGAAACAUUUCUCCUCCAUGAAAAGUCUUUGAAAUUUUAUGGGAGUACACAAAGGUUUUCUUCAAGUAUUGAUUUUUGGGAGACAGCCCUAUGA